AUGAAAAGCUGGAUUAUACUGCUGGCUAUUGUAGUCAGCACAGAAGAAGCACAAAAGCAGGACAUCUGUACCCAAGGGUAUCCUGGCAUCCCCGGCAAUCCUGGACACAACGGCAUACCGGGUCGUGACGGACGCGAUGGCCUGAAAGGCGACAAGGGGGAUACAGGUGAAGCAGGACUUCCUGGCACUCCAGGGAAAGAUGGCACAAAUGGAGAAAAAGGCCAAAAAGGAGCCAAUGGGACCGUUGAAGAGAAGGGGAACAAAGGAGAUAAAGGAGAAAGAGGACGACCUGGGAAACUAGGACCAAAAGGAAUUAUAGGGUCAGUGGGUUACAAGGGCCAGAAGGGCGAACUGGGUCUGCAAGGACAAAAGGGGUUAAAAGGAGACAUUGGGCCAAUAGGUCCAAAAGGGACAAAGGGUGAAACCGGCCAGCCUGGAAGAAUUGGUAUGCCAGGACCAAUUGGCCCCACUGGUAAUCCAGGUCCUAAAGGUAACACUGGAGAUCUGGGGCCACCAGGUAAUCCAGGAGUUCAGGGGGAAAGAGGCUUGAAAGGAGACAGAGGAGAUAAGGGGAACAUAGGUGCCCCAGCAGUCCUGCCAAGGAGUGCUUUCAGUGUAGGCCUUACAGUUGCCACCAAGUUUCCUCCCCACAGUCAGCCGAUCAAGUUUGACAAGGUGCUGUACAACAAUCUAAAUGACUACAACCCAAUCACCGGCAAAUUCACCUGCAAAUUCUCUGGUGUUUACUAUUUCACCUACCAUAUCACCGUCUAUUCGAGGAACGUCAGAGUAGCUCUAGUUAAAAAUGGGGUCAAGAUGUUGCACACUGUGGACGGGUACCAGGGUGUUGAGGACCAGGCAUCGGGAGCUGCCAUCCUUGAACUACUGAAAGGAGACGAGGUGUGGCUUCAGGCUCACCGAGGAGAGACCUUCAACGGGCUGUUUGCAGAUGCUGAUGAUGAUACCACCUUCACUGGGUUUCUACUGUUCAGCACCUCGGACAUGCUGGACUCACUGCCAUCGCCCGCAGCGUAA